UCCCUGUGUAUGUACAUUAUUAAGGGAGAGCCAGAGCAGCAGUUUUACUCCACCUCGAAUUCUAACUUCAAUCUCCCGACAAUUAGAGUCAUACGAUCUGGUAAAAGAUCUAUAGAUGGCAUCAACAACCAUCAUCAUUAACAACUAGAAGCAUCUCAUACUUACAGCAAGCUACUCUUUCUCAUUCGAACAAGAUCCAAUCAUAGAAGUCAUUCUAUUCGUCCGUCAAUCUCAACACAACAAAAUCUCAAUCUCGCCACAUUACGUCAAAGAUGAUGAUAAUCUGAUGGAAGUUUGACAUAAUACUAUACACUUCGACUCGACUUUGUUACUCUGUCUUCAGCUACUGUGAUACGCACGGAAAAUGGAGUCUGCAAGUGGAUUACAGCGUCCGUCAAUCGCUGCCAAUCACAGCAAUGGCUCGAUAGGCUCUUCUACGUAUAGCAGUGAAGCUUCACAAAGUAUCUCAGAAGCAUCCAUUCAAUUCUCCGGGCCACGAUUUGGCGAAGGUACUUCAAACGAUUAUUUUGCUUCUGCAGCACCUCAACCUUCCAACCCCUUCGAGAUGAGUAAUCCGUUCGAAGCGUCAUCAUCAUCGUCCCUCGCGCCUCAACCUCCAAAAAGUGAACAUCCUUGGUCUAACUUUUUCGGUAAUUCGGGUCCAUUGACAGGCGCUGCUAACCCCGUGCAAACUCCAUUGCAUCAUCCUUCAGAUCGAGGAUCGAAAGACCUCUUUGGUGCGUCCAGUAGUAACUUGGUAGUGCCGCCCACGUUCAAACCUAUGUCAAGGAUUCAAUCUGGCGGCAGCGCUUCCUCAACUCGGACUGCUUCUUCGUCCAUCUCUGCACAAGAUUUGGCAAGGUAUGAAGCAAUCGAAGUGAACGCAUUGGUCGACUUGUUGCUCGAUUCAGCAAAGAAUGAUGGAACGCACUCACCGGCAGACGGCACACUCAUUAUCGAUAUACGACCUUCAACGUCGUAUGCACUGGCGCGAGUCAAAGGCAGUAUCAAUGUUUGUGCUCCCAGUACCCUUUUGAAGCGAGCAGGAGUGAGUGUAGAAAGGAUAGAGCAAGAAAUGUUGACUUCAGAAGAAGAUCAAGCUAAAUUCAGCGGUUGGCGAAAAGGACCACGUAAAUCUGAUGCAAAAGACGCAGUUGAUUCUCAGGUGAAAGACAACAACGAAAUCAGCGCAAUUGAACGUAUUAUUGUCCUGGAUACAGAUACUCGACAUGUUUCAGAGGCAGGCAAGCCGGCUUCCGGAGGAGGUGGCCCAUGUUUGACUGGGCUUUUGCGUAAAUUCGAUCAGGCAGGUUUUGGCGGUCGAUUGAAUUGGCUUGUGGGCGGAUUUAAUGCAUUCACCAUGUUUGUCAACUCAAAAGCCAAAAAUGCCCUUGUGCCUAAUGCAGCUGAGCAAUUGUUAGAUCGUAAAAAGCCAGCUCCUUCUACGCCAACAAAGAUGUCACAAAAUGGAUCUCCUACAACGCCGAUGGCGGAACUGAACGGUGGUGACUCUAUACGUCGGGCAUCAGUUCCUAGUUUCAAGUCGCUUGGUCUCAACAGCGGUCUGCAAAUGCCAUCCACCGGUCCUGCUCCAAACUACAGUCGAGCGCAUUCACUCGUACAACCAAAGGGCUUACCGAUGGAAGCAUUCUCUGCUAGCAGUACUGCAAAGGGUAAAUUCAAUCAUGAUCAAUCGAUGAUGCAAGCAAGUGAAGGUGCGAGCACAUUGGUUCAAGGAAACGAAGAACCUUCUUUAAGCGCAGCCAAUCCAUUCUUCGAUAACGUUCGACAGAAUAAGGAACUCCAAAACGGUAUCACUGAGCGUAUACCGUUGGACGUUCCUGAGAUCAGUGAGGCGGAUGCAAGAAGAUUGCCAAACUUCCUCAACAAACUGCGCAAGAUGGACGAAAAAGAACGUGCUGACACUCUAGCACAAUCAUUCUUUGAGAUCGAGCAGUCAGAACGAGAUCGUUUGAUGGCAACGAUGCAAAGACAUGCGGACGAAUCAGACUGCAAAGGUAGCCUUCGAAACGGUGCAAUUUCUCCUUCAGCAAUGAACCUCACGUCGGAUUAUAGUAGCGUACAAAGUGGCUACAACAGUGCCAAAAAGGAUUUCCCUUUCAGCAUCUCGGCAGCCUUGGAGAGAGGAAGUGAGAAUCGAUACAAUAACAUUUGGACAUACGAGCAUAGCCGUGUCCAGUGUCCACAACAAGGUGAAUAUAUCAACGGUUCUUUCAUUGAACCGGCUCGUGAGUUUGGCUGUAAGAGACGGUACAUCGCCACUCAAGCACCUUUGCCCAGUACUUUUGAUACAUUCUGGGCAGUCUUGUGGCAGCAAAAUGUGCGAACGAUCAUCAUGGCAACGCGUGAAUUUGAAUCGGGAAGAGUGCAAAGUCACAAUUAUUGGGUACCGAAAGUGUAUGGAUCUUUACAAUUGGAAGUUGUAGAAGAAGUUUCUCUUGACAAAAAUGGUGUGAUUGUCAAAAGACACGAUGAUGCAAGCGAGCCAGGCUCUUCGAAGGAUAGUGAGCCGAAUUAUUUCAAUUUACCAAGUGCACAAUCAGAAAAUAACGAAGAGAUUGCCACGAUUCGAAGAAAGAUUCUACUCAAAGAUCAGAACGGUGAAUGCAGAGAGAUCAAUCACUUCCAGUAUAUUGCAUGGCCUGAUUACUCUGUGCCCAAUGAUCCUGAUAGCUUGCUUGUGUUAAUGCGCAUGGCAAAUACGGUUCAGCAGGAGGCCGAUAUAGAAGCCAAGGGAAAUCAAUCUCAAGCUGUUGGUCCGAUGGUCGUACAUUGUUCUGCAGGUGUGGGCAGAACUGGAACUUAUAUUUUGAUCGAUUCCGUUUUGGAUAUCAUUCGUAGAGCUCGUUGGGCUGCUGCAGGACGUAAGAUAGCAGAUGUUUGGGAACCUGGUUGGAUUGACUUGGAUGAAAGAGGUCGUGAAUCGUUCAAGGCAUCUAGUAGGUUCCUGUUUCCCACACAAGAUCAGGACAGCAGUCUGAAAAGAAAGAAUUUGAAGAGAGAACUCUCGCCAAGCUAUAUGAAUCUUGAUUCACGUGAAGCAAGGAGGAGCACUUCACCAAUGAAUGAUAGUGGCGAUCCUUCUUCAACGAGCGAUCAUGGACCGAAAAGUGAAGACAGUGGUCAAUCGAUCUCUGGACGUGAUAUCGAUAGUCCACCACCAGCACGAAGAAAUCGCUCCGAGGGAUCGGAAGGCAAAAUGGGCGCUGCAAAUAUCGCUAGCGUUCCAUUCAGUAAGCCAGCUCUUUCACCUGAUCAGCUACAGCAACCACUUCCGUUUCAGUUCACGCCUACUGAAGGACCUCCAACCCCUUCGACUGCUUUGGGAAAAUUAUCUUUGGGAUCAAGUUCAUCUUCGAGUACGAAAUCAUCAGCAUUCCGUGUUAGAAGAAGUUCAAAGCCGAGUAAUCUUCAAUCAUCGUCUCCAAAGAAAAACCCAUUCUUUGGUACUCCUCCACCGCCAUUACCACCAUCAGAAAGUGAUAAACCUGUAGAAGAAAUAUGGGAAGAUGUGAUGGGAAAUGAAGGAGUUGAAUUAGUACGAAAAGUUUUGGAUACGAUUCGAGAACAAAGGAUGAGUAUGGUUCAAACAAGUAGACAAUUCGUUUUUGCCUAUAAAACAAUCUUCGAAGGUGUUUUGCAAGAAAUGAAACGUGAAGAAGCAGCACUAGAAAGAAGGUUGAGCACAUAAAAGCCAUCAUUUCCCCUUUUUCUUUGUAUAGCAUAUGGAUUUUUCUCUACCAAUUUGUAUUUCAACUUUAUUCAAUUAGACUUUUCUCUAACUGUG